AUGCCUCCUAACAACUUUAUCCCUUUACAYAUAGGUGGCAUUGCGCCAGCGGAGGCUGCUGAAUCGGAACGCUUAGAACGCAUUAACCGCAUGUUGCAAGAGAGCGCUGAGAAGCUGGAAGAGCUGAAGGUGGAGAACGUGUUCACACGUUCGCUGCUGGCGGCGCCGACUAACAGCGCUGCGACGCGCAGCCGAUCGCCAGCGCGACAACAAAAUACYAACACUAACAAUAACGAUACUAAUCUUAAGAUAAGCAAUAACAAUAACAAUAACAACAACAACGAUACUAAUACACAACGAAGUCUGAAACGAACGGCCUCACCGAGACCGGUACAACAACAGCAACAUCAACAACAACUAAGACAAGUACAGACACAACAGCAGUUGUUACAGUUACAAGAACAACAGCAACAACAACAAGCCAUACAACGACAACUACAACAACAACAAGAGUUGCAGAGACAAUUGCUGCAACAGCAGCAACAAGAGUUAAAAAGACAAUUACAACAACAAGAACGUGAACGGGCGAUACAAAAACAAUUACAACAACAAGAACAUGAACGGGCGAUACAAAGACAAUUACAACAACAAGAAUACGAACGGGCGAUACAAARCCAAUUACAACARCAGCAGCAAGUAACAGURCAAAAACAAGUACAACAACAACAGCAACUGACAGUACAAAAACAAGCACAGCAUGUGACRGUGCAAAGAAAAGUACAACAACAACAAGUGACAGUACAAAGUCAAGGACAACAACAACAGGUGACAGUGCAGAGACAAUUACAACAACAACAGGUAACUGUACAAAGGCAAGCACAACAACAAGAGGUAAUUGCACAAAGGCACCUACAACAACAACAGGUGACGGUACAAAGGCAAGCACAACUACAACAGGUGACAGCACCGAGAGAAGCGCCACAACCGGUGCCACUAAGCAGUAAAAUACCGCCACCAUUGCUAUCRCCACCCAUACAACAACAACCAUUACUGCAGACACAACAACUACUACGGCCACAACAACAACAACCGCUAGAACAGCAACCACGCAAACAGACGACAUUGCAAYCACAGCAACAACAAUUGACCACACAACAACCACAACGUCCACCAARACAGAACCAGCAUCAUCAACAACAACAGCAGCAACUACCGCAGACAUCACAACAAGCACAGGCACAAGGCGCUGCUGCCAAGCAGCUUGCCAACAAAUCCAACCGUAAAUCCAAAUAACAGUUACUGAAAUUGGUGGCCCGUUACGGUUGUCUGUUGCCCACGUGCAUCCUUGAGGAGCUCGCGGGCGCCCGACUACCGAACCCAGUACAUGUUUGAGUAAAAAAGAAGACAGUUCAAUCCUCGAAUUCGAAUUCGAAGUUGUUAUUGUAGUUGCUGUUCACCAAAGGCCCAAGACAUUCUACAUAUUUACAUACACACGSACACAAACACAUAUAAAAACAUUAAUGAAAAAUUUUAUAAAGCAGAAAGCUUACUCUCAAAGUGAUAACUCCUUGAAGGGGGGAGGGAAAGCUGGCGCAGGCGUAGCGGUUAAGUGCUUUAUUGAAUGAAAAUCUAAAUGAAGUUGUUAAAAUUAGUUGCUUAAGAUGCUUAAACACUAAAAAAAUAUUAACUAAAACCAACAA